GCACAAGGACUCUCCGUCAUCGGAAAGCGGGUAGAAGAAGCUGCGGGGAGCGCGAGGAAAAUGGCGACGGCGGCGGCAGUGAGAGAGGAGCUUCCUGACCGGCUGGUCUGUCAGACACGGCAGCAGAGCUGAAACCUCUGUCGCUGUUGGGUGCCAGACCGACGUGGAUUCCGAGCCGGAUAUAAGCCCCAGCAGCUCAAACACCCGAACUCCCACUCCCUGGAAAUCACCUGUUUGGAUGAAAAUGAAUAGCGGCCGGUUCUGUGUGAGGAAUUCCACCCGUUCUUAGCCAUAAAGACAAUCAUCUUGGAUUCGCACAGAAGUCCAGGCUGAAUGUAAGGAGUUUAACCAGCCUUCCUUCUGCUCCUCCCUGAAUUUUGGAUACUGUUUUCAAGGGAGUUGAGAUGUCCUGCCUGUGGCCGGAGGUGAGAGCGCUGCUGCCACCCAGAGACGAGUUGCUGGGCCUGGAGUUCAGCGAGCAGGUGGAGGAGAGCGUGGUGUACGUGCUGAGACAGGCCAGCGAGCUGCUGUACUGCGGCCAGGACCCCCAGCGCUGCUCACAGCUCGGUCAGACAGUGCUGGACCUCUCCUGGGAGAGACUGAAUGGCAGGGCGUGGAGAGAGGUGGACAAGGAGUGGAGACGAGUGUAUUCCCUCGGGUGUCUGGUCAAGGCGCUGUGUCUGUGCCGGGAGGAGACCGAUGACAGCCUGAGCCAGGCCAUCGCAGCGUGUGACAUGGGCUUGCUGAUGGGGGCGUCCGUGCUCGACAACAUCCUGCUGCGGCUGGUGCAGGUGCUGGAGCCUCGCCAGGCUACCGGCAAGAGGUCACUGCACAGUGCCGGCCACCGGGAACACACCAGCACCAAGCGACUGAAAGCGUGUGCGGGGUGGGUGCCUGAGAUCAGAGCUGAGGUGGCUGUGCCUCGCGUGAGCCGGCCCUCACUGGAACACUUCCGAACCGAGUACCUGGUCCCACAGAGGCCUGUGAUCCUGGAGAACAGCAUCGAGCACUGGGCAGCCCUGACUGAGAGGAAAUGGAGCGUGGAGUACAUCCGCCAGGUUGCUGGCUCUCGCACUGUGCCUGUGGAGCUUGGCUCCCGCUACACAGACGAGGAUUGGUCUCAGAGUCUCAUGACAGUGGACAGGUUCACUGCUGACUACAUACUGGAUCAGUCAAACGAGCGCCCCAUUGGAUAUCUCGCCCAGCACCAGCUGUUUGAGCAGAUUCCAGAGCUGAAGCGGGACAUUAACAUUCCCGACUACUGCUGCCUCGGGGAGGGGGACGAGGACGAGAUCACCAUUAAUGCCUGGUUCGGGCCGGCAGGGACUGUUUCCCCCUUACACCAGGAUCCUCAGCAAAAUUUCCUGGCUCAGGUGAUGGGAAGAAAGUACAUUCGCUUGUACUCCCCUGGCCAGAGCGAGAGGCUGUACCCACACCCAACACAGCUGCUGUUCAACACCAGUCAGGUCGAUGUUGAGAAUCCGGAUUUGGAGAGGUUCCCGGAGUUCGGAUCGGCCAUCUUUCAGGAAUGUCUCCUGGAUCCAGGAGAGAUUUUGUUUAUCCCGAUCAAGUACUGGCAUCACGUGCGGGCGCUGGACACCAGCUUCUCCGUCAGCUUCUGGUGGCACUGAAACCCGAGGGCAGCGAGGGAAUGAGCGGGAGGAUGUACCUCGCUCUAAUAAACCUCGGUAACUCAGAGCUACGGCUCACACCCUGAGCACAAGGCAUUGUUUGUUUAGAGGUGAGGAAUUCCUGGUAGUCUCAUCCACACAAGGGGGUGAGUGGGAGAUAAAUGAGUCACAAGUAGGACCUCACUGGCAAGUACUUGGCUGCUAUGUUUACCUGCAAAAGCAGUCAGGCUUCAACUCAAAUCUGCGCUAAGACCACAUUAACUCAGAGUUUGGGGUUGGGGCAGGGGAAGGAGAAAACAACAAAGGUGUUUAGAUGUACAGGGUGAUAUUUUCAGCAGAUAUUUAAAACGAUGUAUUUUCU